UCUUCUUCCCCGGAAGCCUUUGGGCGGGUCGAGUUUGCUGAGGGAGUUUGCUGCUGGAGCGGAGGCGGCUUUUGGGCGCCCUUUCUGGGCUCCAGCAGCAGAGGAGGAGCAGCGCAGUGCGUCUCUGCGAGGGAAGGGGCUCCUUUGGAGGGAGAGGGGUGGGAACCCUCUCCCUCCUGCUGGCCAUGUUGCUGCCGUCCGACGUCGCCCGCCUCGUCCUGGGCUAUUUACAACAAGAAAAGCUUUUAGCCACAUGCCAAGCAUUUAUAUUGGAAAGUUCAGAUUUAAAAGAAUAUGCAGAACAUUGUACAGGAGAAGGAUUUGUGCCAGCUUGUCUAUUGUCUCUGUUUGGAAAAAACCUAAUCACCAUACUGAAUGAGUAUGUAACAUUGAAAUCCAAAGAAGCACCAAAUGAUGUUCCUGCCAUGAUGUCAUCCUUAUGGAAGAAGUUAGACUACACACUUGCGCAAAUCAGAAUCAUGCAGAUGUCUAGUGGAUUUGCUGCUCAUCAACGAAGCCGCACAAGAAGUGCAAUUGCAGAUAUGAAAAAGCAGAAGUGUCUUCAGCAAUCAUCAUCCUCAAAUUUAGGAAUGUCAUCUGUCACUCAUCAGCCAGGACAACUGAAUUCUUUUCCAAUGACAGCCACACAAGUUGUUCUUAAACCUGUUAUAACUCCAAGUCCAGCUCAUAUUAGACCACUGGGUUCUUCAUCUGCACAUCAGGGUGAAAUUCAGGAAAGCCAUGUUGGUGCAGAAGAUUCUCUGAAUUUGGUUUCUACCUUUCAAGAACGGAAGCUUCAUUCAAGUGUGAUGUCUCCUGGAAAAAGGAGAAGUGACUCCCAGAAGAAAAAAAACAUAGGAUCAUCUGGAUCACAGUCAUCUGACUGUGACUUGCAGGAUUCUCUCACAGCAGAAGAAGAAAGCUCACCCAUGGAAGAAGAACGUGAUCAGCUAGAAUUUAUCGAUGGUGACCUUCCUCAAAUGAUUAUUGAAAAUGCCAGAGAGAAAAUUCUGAGCAACAAAUGUCUCCAGGAGAAGCUUGCUGAAAAUAUUAACAAAUUCUUGGGAAGUGAUGGUAAUAUUUCUCAGGCAGCAAAGCAAGCAGAGAGUGGUCCAACAAUACAAGAAUCUUCAAUUGAUGAAUUCCUUGACCUUCAGCAGAGUGAAAUUCACAUGACGGAAGAAGCUAUCCAGGAGAUUCUGGAGAAAACUGAGUCAGAUCCAGCAUUUCAAGGGCUCUAUGAUAUAUUUGAUUUUGGUAAAACCAAAGGGAAUAGAAAUGCUCCUCAUGGUAUUUCUACACAGGGAGGAGGAAUAGAAAAUGCAAUCUUGGUGGAUGAAGAAAACCUAGAAGCACUUGAAAGUUAUAUUGCAACAAAGGAGCUUGGUGAUAAUUCUCAAGGAUGCCUGCCAUACACAGAUGAUUCAAAAGAGACAUGCAUCCUGAAGACUGAUUGUAAUGGUAGUGAUGGGACUAUGGCAGAACAUCUGAAGAUGCAAGUUGUAGCCACCGGAGAAUUUCCUGGGGGCUCUAAAGAGACGAGUGACAGUGAAUCAGUUGAAACACCUGGAUGUAAAAAUACCCUUGAAUCUGGAGAUAGUCAGUUCACUCAUCCAGAGUUCACUGGUGGGCACAAUGUAGGAACCUACAACCAACAAGGAACAGCAAUAAGAGACUGUGAAAUGGAAAAGGAUCUAUUAUGUCAAGAUGUUCAACCCUUACCUGAUUUGCAGUAUGAUCAUUUGGUUGCUCCACAGACAUCACUAGCUGGUAGUGCCGAAUGUUGCUCAGUGCCAAAUAAUAUAUCUGAAAAGACAAAUGCAAAAUUGCUAACCCCUCCAAGAACUGGUGACAGUGAAAUUAUGAAAGGAUAUAUAGUCAGCCCUAUCCGUUCUGCAGAAUCAGAGAAAAAUCUGGAGCAGAUAACGAAGCAAUCAAUGAUGAUUCCUGAACCUGGUCCACAAAACCAGAACUGCCCACCUCUCUCUCACUGUCAAAGCCAGGAGAAAUUAGAAUCCGAUUCCAGCACAGCACUUGGGAAUACAUCUGAUCCAAAUUCUGUAGAAGUCCAGCUUGGUGUUGUAGAUACUUCCAACAGUCUACGUUCUGAUGAUCCUUCUGACCAUCAAGAAUCCUGUUCAGAACACCAAACACAGAAUUUGGAGGAUUCAGGGAUUGCACAGGUAGACAUGCAAGAGCCAUCAUCUUCUACAAAAGCAGAUGCUGACAGCAUGUUUCUGGCUUCUGACAGUGAGAUGCAUACAGAACUGUCUACUGAAAACAGCUCUACUUCACCCACUGUGUCCCAUUCUCCUGCUCCAGUGGGAGAAUCAAGUCCAGGUAACAAAGUUGCUGCUACUGUUUCAUCUAGUAGUCAAGCCACAAAUGUAGAUCCCUCCAGUAUAGUUUCUCUAAAAAUUAUUAUUAGUGAUGACCCAUUCAUUUCAUCAGAUACUGAACUGAACAGUGCUGUUUCCAGCAUCACUGGAGAAAAUAUGCCAACUAUCAUACUGUCUUCCCCAGGUCAAUCACCAGCCAAGAUGACAAGGCCAUCCAACUGCAGAACUUCAGAAGAGAGUGAAAAGAUAGGCGAUGCAGCAUUGAUGGAGCAGAAUCUUCUUGUCCUCCGACCUCAAGACUCUAUUGCAAGUACACUCAACGUACAGAAUGAAGAGUGUGCUGUUUUUUCAAUUUCUGGAGCAUCGAAUGUUGCCAAGGACGGGGGAUUUAUACAGCUAAUGCCAGCAACAACUGCAUCCUUUAACAACUCCAACAGUGUUUAUAUUGCCACCUGUGUGACUGAGCCAGCAGCUUUGAGUACAAAUGUCACUUCAUCCAAUUUGGUUGUGUUGCCUGGGAGUUCAACAGCUCUUGCAUCACAGGUUCCUACACCGCAGCAGUUACGGACUCCUCCCAGAACAAAUAACUUGUUUACCAUGAAUCCACCAAUGUCUCCAAACUUUCCACAGGGUUCUGCCAUCAUAAUUACAUCUCCAGUACAGCCUGUAUUACAGGGCAUGGUGGGAAUGAUUCCUGUAUCUAUCAUGGGACAAAGUGGAAAUACAUUUUCAGAUCCAUCCCCACAGAUUCUGCACCUGCCAAUACAGGCUUCUUUAGGGAGGGGAAGUGUUCCUAAACUACCUCUCCCUCCCAAAUCUCAGAGGAUCCCAAGAAAUAAGUCAAACACAGGAAGGAUGGUGCCGAGUGGAUCAGAAAUUGUAAACUGUCCUGGUUCCCAAGUACAAAGAAUUGGAAACUCAGACAAGAACACCUGUGGAGAUGUAAAAAAGAAGCUGGAAGUUGUUGCUGGUGACACCACAAGUUCCAUUUCCAAACAGAGUGAGAGUCACAGAAGAGUGCUAUGCUUUGACAAGGCCCUGGCUACUCCAGUAGGCAACACACACGUAUCACAGAAAGAAAGGAAGGAAAAUCCUUUAGUCCCUGGAAAUUCUCCCAAUACUGUGCUUUCACCUGGUAAAAUCCAGUCCAGUAAGAGGGAACGUGAGAGAACUUUACCUAGGAUUUUAUGUAAGCCUGACAUUACUAACAGAAGUUCUGCUGUGAAGGAAAUUCAGUCUGAGAGGAAGAGUUCAGGUCCAGGACUGGCCUCAGAUGUGUUAAGAAAGCAGACAGCGAAUAAAGAGAAUGAACUAGAAAGGACUGUUGACAGAACCCCCCAAAAUCAAGAGGUAGCAACCUUACCCAGUAGCCAACAAAAUAUUAGUUUUCAUAAUGAGAAGAAUAGCUCUUUAUCUCAAGAACUGACUAAAAAACAAGGCCUCCAGUCAAAUACAAAUAGCAAAAAUUCAGGAGUUUUGCCUUCCAAGGAGCCAAAAAAAGAUCAAGGAAAAUCUCCCAACCAGUCCCAUUCUUUGACCAGUCCUUUGACUAAACAAGCUGUGGAAAUAUUCCAUGACAUUCAGAGGCAGAGCCCUGCUAGUAAACAACCUGAGAGUGUGGAUUUGCCCCGUACCCCUUCGGGAAUGGGUGAUAGACACUCUGAUGAUUCUUUUGAUAUUGUAAGGACACCAACAUGUAGACGGUACAGUGAGGACAGUACAACCCCUAGGAUCAUGGUCCCUCCAGCUACUCCUGACUUGCCAGCCUGUAGCCCAGCAAGUGAAACUAGCAGUGAAAAUAGUGUUAGCAUGGCUGCCCACACUUUGAUGAUCCUUUCACGAGCUGCUAUUGCAAGGACUAGUGCAGCUACUCCUCUUAAAGACAAUACCCAACAGUUGAAGUCUUUAAGAAGUGCAGCCAAAAAAAGAAAGCAGGAAGAUUUGGUUGAAUGUGAAAAGAGUUCCCGCACAGCUAAUAAAAAAGAUCUCCAGAACUUUACAGUGCCAAUAAAAAAGAAGAAAGUAAAGCAGAAGAAGCUCCCAAUUGCCUUUCCUGCUGGUAUGGAUGUGGAUAAGUUCUUGUUAUCGCUGCAUUAUGAUGAAUAAAUAGCAAUCUCCUUUUAAUACCUGCUGACACAUUCGAGAGGAGAGAACAAAUUGAACUGAGGCUUGAGAUGCACACUCAGUGCAUUGCAAUUCUACUUCUUAAGACAGUCAAGGAGGUUCUUUCAAAAGUUGUUAGGUGCUUAUGAAUAAGGGAGCUCUUAACUGGCUCUGUGUUAAAUUUACACAGUUGUACUUGGUGGAAUGAUGUAAAUAUUGUACAGUUGUUAACGUUGUAAAACAACAAGAUACUAUUUUUAACACCAAGUGUUGGUUAUUUUCUGCCAAAAUGUGCACAUUAUCAGUUGAAACUGCUUUUUAUAGUGUGAAACACCCAUAAUAUGCUUAGAGAGAGGUAUGUUCCAUUGAAUGGCGAAGUUUAUACUGAAGUAAUUGUACUUGGGAUGAAUGCCUAGGACAGAAUCUAACCAAGCUUCAGACAAUUGGUUUUAGCUGAAGAACAGAUAAGAGUUAAUAAUUGGCCCAAGACUUUAACAGAUACCUAGUAAACUCUAAAUCUGACAAUUUAA